AUGUCCACCAUGUUCGAAGACACGCUCUUAAUUAUAAAAGCCGAUUACAUGCACAAGCGCAAACCAGUAUUGUUGCAUUUAUUGCAACAUGAAUUUCUAAUUAAAGGCCAGCGCAAAAUACUAUUUUCGCCAGAGAAUGCUGCAGAGUUCUACAAAUCUCAAGCGGAAGAUAAAGAUUUCAUGUUGCAAGUCAUUUUACUUUCGAAGGGCAUUAGUGAGGCCUUCAUACUGGCCAAGGAGAAUGCGGUGGAAGGCUUGAUCUGCACAAUGAUUUGCUAUUUCUCAACAUCCAUGGAAAUGGUACGCAAUGUGCACGUUUCAACGAGCACAGAGAGCGCUGCACGCGAGAUAAGUUUCAUUUUUGUAAAUUAUAUUCCUGAGCCCAUUCCACUUUUUAAACGGCACAAAUUUUCCUCAGACUCUCUAAUGGCGCCGUUCAUUAGUCAACUCUAUGAGAUUAUUCAGAAACCCGAUGAUGAAAAGAAGAGUUGGAAAGUUCAGUUGGCUGAGUGGUUGACCCUGGAAAAUCCAGAACUGCCAAUAAUGAGCAAUACAUGUAGCACUAGGGCUGAAAUUUUUGUCGAAGACAAGACUCAACAGGUCAAUUUGGUGGACUCAACUGGAAAAAAGCCUUGCGUUUUUCAUACUGAUGGCGCUGGUGGUGAGACGGCUUCUUCAGAUGUUACCUGUGCCCCUUCGUCUUCAUCCACUGGUAAUUCAAUAGUGAUGAGCAGUUCGUCCUGCAUGACAUGUUGUCCCUUCGAGCGCACUGAGGUCGACGUGACCACCGAGGAUGUAUGUAAUAAAAGCGGUGGCUUCAGUUGUCGAGGACUGCCUUAUCAGAAUGCGCUGUGGAAAAUUUUAGCCCAGUUACUUCUUAACUAA